AUGUGCGUUCUUGUCUCCAUUCCAUCUGAGACACAGGACAACGCGCAGAUUGUUGACGCGAUACAGGUUCUCGGACCUUUCCCCAUCCACGCCAGGGAACAGCAUUUCCUUUCUCCCGCAUUUCCCCUUGAUUUGUCUGAGAAUAUAGAUUUGACCCGCACCUAUCCAUCUGCUUAUGCUGAUGGGGGAUAUGUCUCUUGGUCAAAAGCCAGCUCAGAUGAACACGGAGGUCUCAAAGUAUCUCAUCCUAAUAUUCGGUGGGAGCAGCUUCGCGCGACCGAGGGAUGGGCUGCCCUGCAGCACCACAAUGUCCUCCGGACGCACCUUACAGUUUAUCCUCCAGAUUCUAAACAAGAGAUGACCGAGGCCGAUCCACGCCUGCAUGUUGAGUGCCUCCAGGGCGCGUAUUUUUCCAUCUUACCAGGUGACGAGACAACUUGGACAACCCAUGUCCCGGAAUGGCAUAUGGGGAAUGUUUACGCACUCGAGCGUGCCCCUGUGCAGUUCGUCUCGCUCCCGAUGUCUCCAAGUAGAGCCAAAGCGACCCGAUAUCAAGUAGUUCUUUGUGGACCUUACGAGAUAAGACUUUUUGGUGACCCUCGGUCAUACAACUCAGGACAUCCCAUUCUAAACAUCAAUUUUACAACCUCAAUCGAUACACCCCCAUCACUUGGAACAUCACCUUCUUUUGCGACACCCGUCGUACAUGCACCUGCUCACAAUAUCAUACCGGACUUCAUUGAUGGCCGACCGUUCUCCCCAACGCUAGGAAUUGGACUUCGAAACGUUGAUUUUGUCCGCAGCACUAAACUAAGUGUAUCAGGAUGGUGGACAGUUGUAUCAGCUGUGAUUCCACCUUGUGCAGAGCUGGGGCUUUCAUUAUGCAGCCUUUCAACAGCAGUACGGCUUGCGCCGACUCAAACAGACAUACUAACGCUGGAGUUCCGUCCCGAUUCCGCGCUGAUCUCCGCCGAUAUCACAGAGCUUCCCAUAGACAUUACAAUCUCUCCCUUCCAUGAUGGGUCUGCAUGUAGUGCCGUUGACGAGCAAAAAAUAUUCAGAGUCAAUGUUCCUAUCAGACACAUUCCGAUGUGGACUUCUGACAGUUACACUGCCAUCCGAGCGACGUACAAUUUGGGCUUCAGCAAUCCAACCAUAUUCUUGGUACUUCCCCCUCGAUAUUCCAAUGACGAAACUGAAGGAGGGGCGAAAGAGCCAAUUUUAGCACUGCAUGGUGCAGGUGUCGACAUCAUCAACCACACAUUUUGGGCAGACAGCCUCCCUCGACAAGACAAUGCCUGGGUGGUCAUUCCAUCUGGCCGAACUUCCUGGGGUCUCGAUUGGCAUGGCCCUUCUGCUGCUGAUGCUUUCGCCGCUGUGGCAGCCCUGCACAACCUACUAUGCGCAGGAUUUGUGGACUGGGUUUAUCCUCGAGACACAAAGGUUAUCGUCAUGGGUCACUCGAAUGGAGGACAAGGAGCAUGGUAUGUAGCAAGUAGAUGGCCGGACAAGGUAAAAGCUGUCGUAGCCGCUGCGGGAUACAUCAAGUCGCAGGCAUAUGUUCCAUGGACGAUGUCGAGAUUUGCCCACUUUAUUGACCCAGCGCUCCGCGCUAUUCUAGAAACAUCGCUCCUACCAGAUGACAAUGACCUAUUCCUUUCCAAUCUCGCUCACACGCCUGUACUCGCAAUACAUGGUGGCAUGGAUGACAAUGUCCCGCCGUGGCACACUCGUGAGGCAGUGAGGGUGCUCAUGGAAUGGAAUCCAAACGCAGACGUCACAUACCAUGAGGAGCCUGGUCAGCCUCACUGGUGGUUCGAGGUGCUUAAAAAUACUCGUGUUCAGGCAUUUCUUGACCGCGUUCGCUGUUCUUCUCACGACGCGCCGAAACCUAAAUGUCGCAAGUUCACACUUACUGUUGCUGUUCCUGCAGAGAGUGGGCCAAGGGGAGGUUGGCGGGUGCACGCCCUUGAAGUGCCUGGGAGGCUUGGUCGUUUGGAAGUAUGCGAAGAUGACGAAGGAGGAGUCAAUGUCAAGGCCUCGAAUAUCAGUGUUGUUUCCGUCGACCUGAGCAAAGCUUCUGUCAAUAGACUUGUCAUCAACAGCCAGAGCAUCUCGCACGCCAGUACGGAAGCUGGAACACUCUGGCUAGAGCAAGACUCUAAUCAAAACUCGACCAGUUGGAAGGCGGUAGAUUCUUUCGCGGAGAACUUCCAACAACCGUAUGGACGUGCCCAGGCCAUUCUCAGCGCAGACGGAAUAAUCGAUAUUGUGAUUCCAUCGCUACAUCACUCCCCCGAGCUAUCUGUAGCCUUGCGAAUCACUCACAUCCUGCGAACUUACCACCUGCUUGAUGCGCGAAUAUUUUCUGCACGUGAAGCGGAGAAUGGCCUGGCAUGCGGCGGUAAUAUGGUGGUCAUUGGUUGCGCAGGCUCUUUGUUUGUCAAAAAUCUUCUAAAGCGCAGUCAGAGUGAAUGGUCAUACGAAGGAGGAGCUUGGGUUUUGAACAAUAAAAAGUUCGACAACCCUUCUUCUGGUUUGCUUUUCCUCAUCAAGAAAACAUUUAAUGCUUCAAAGACGGUGCUGUUUCUGCAAUCAUCUGAACCUAGAGGACUUGAGCGUGCGUUGCGAUUGUUCCCCGUCCGCACGGGUGUCUUGGUACCCGACUGGUUGGUAGUUGACGAGAGAGCAGAUAGGAUUGGGGCAGGUGGUGUAGAGGCAGCCGGGUCAAACGACGGCAAGUGGGGAUUCAACGCUCGCAUGUCAUGGCUUAAUUAG